GAGUAUAUAGUGUACAUGGGGGACCUUCCAAAGGGUGAUAUUUCAGCAUCAACUCUUCAUACUAACAUGCUACAACAAGUGUUUGGCAGUAGAGCAUCGGAAUAUCUACUCCACAGCUACCAGAGAAGCUUCAAUGGGUUUGUCGCAAAGCUGACCAUGGAGGAGAAGAAGAAACUCUCUGGGAUAGAGGGGGUAGUGUCUGUGUUCCCAAAUGGAAAGAAGCAACUCCACACGACAAGGUCAUGGGACUUCAUGGGCUUCCCCCAAAAAGUUAAAAGAACAACUACUGAAAGCGAUAUUAUUAUUGGAAUGCUUGACACUGGGAUCUGGCCCGAGUCUGCUAGUUUCAGCGACGAAGGAUUUGGUCCACAACCAAGCAAAUGGAAGGGCACUUGCCAAACCUCAUCCAAUUUCACUUGCAACAAUAAAAUUAUAGGAGCUAGAUACUAUCGAACUGAUGGAAAACUAGGGCCAACAGAUAUUAAAUCACCAAGAGAUUCACUUGGCCAUGGGACACACACUGCAUCCACAGCAGCUGGGCGCAUGGUUAGAGGGGCAAGCUUACUAGGCCUUGGCUCAGGAGCAGCUAGAGGAGGGGUUCCCUCAGCCCGCAUUGCAGUUUACAAGAUAUGUUGGCAUGAUGGUUGUCCCGAUGCUGAUAUCCUUGCAGCAUUUGAUGAUGCAAUUGCGGAUGGAGUUGAUAUUAUCUCUCUUUCUGUUGGGGGAUAUGAUCCUUACGAUUAUUUUGAAGAUUCAAUUGCAAUUGGAGCUUUCCAUUCCAUGAAGAAUGGGAUACUCACAUCUAACUCUGCUGGCAACACAGGUCCAGAUCCUGCCACUAUAACAAAUUUUUCCCCUUGGUCUCUCUCAGUUGCUGCUAGCACCAUUGACAGAAAGUUUGUGACCAAAGUCAAGUUGGGAAACAACAAGGUUUAUGAGGGAGUCUCUGUAAAUACUUUCGAGAUGGAUGAUAUGUACCCUAUUAUUUAUGGUGGAGAUGCCCCAAAUACUACAGGAGGUUAUGAUAGUUCUUAUUCAAGGUAUUGCUAUGAGGACUCCUUGGACAAGUCUUUGGUAGAUGGUAAAAUUGUACUGUGUGAUUGGUUGACUAGUGGGAAGGCAGCCAUUGCUGCCGGAGCUGUAGGUACGGUAAUGCAAGAUGGAGGUUACUCUGAUUCUGCCUACAUUUACGCGUUACCGGCAUCCUACUUGGACCCAAGAGAUGGUGGCAAAGUUCAUCACUACUUAAAUUCAACUAGCAAGCCCAUGGCAAUUAUACAAAAGAGUGUUGAGGUUAAAGAUGAAUUGGCCCCAUUUGUAGUUUCAUUUUCUUCAAGGGGCCCCAACCCUAUUACAAGUGACAUUCUCAAGCCAGACUUAACUGCACCUGGCGUGGACAUUCUUGCAGCAUGGACAGAAGCUUCAUCUGUAACAGGGAAAGAAGGGGAUACAAGAGUAGUUCCAUACAGUAUAAUUUCUGGGACAUCCAUGUCUUGUCCACAUGCGUCUGCAGCUGCUGCCUAUAUCAAGUCAUUUCACCCAACAUGGUCUCCUGCUGCUAUUAAGUCUGCUCUAAUGACAACUGCUGCUCGCAUGAGUGUUAAAACGAACACAGACAUGGAGUUUGCAUAUGGGGCAGGCCAUAUAGAUCCUGUAAAGGCUGUACAUCCUGGUUUGAUAUAUGAUGCUGGAGAGGCAAAUUAUGUCAAUUUUCUAUGCGGGCAAGGCUAUAGCACUAAGCACUUGCGGCUUAUCACAGGAGAUAAAAGCACUUGUUCUGCAACCAUGAAUGGGACAGUUUGGGAUUUAAACUACCCUUCUUUUACUAUAUCUACUAAGUCUGGGGUUACUGUCACUCGCAUUUUCACUAGAACUGUCACUAAUGUUGGAUCAGCCGUCUCAACUUACAAGGCAAUUUUGGCGGUUCCUUCAGGACUUAGUGUCAAAGUUGAACCAAGCGUUCUUUCAUUCAAAUCCCUUGGCCAGAAGAAGACCUUCACUAUGACGGUUGGUACAGCAGUAGAUAAAGGUGUGAUAUCAGGUUCUUUGGUGUGGGAUGAUGGGAUUCACCAAGUGAGGAGCCCCAUUGUGGCUUUUGUCUCUUCCUAA